AUGGAGUCGCCCAGCUGCAUUCAGGAUGAGCCGUUCCCGCACCCCCUGGAGCCCGAGCCGGCUCCCCAAGCGCAGCCAGGUGCCGCCAAGCCCGGCGACAAGCGCUUCCGGCUGUGGUACGUGGGAGGGUCGUGCUUGGAUCGCAGGACCACGCUGCCCAUGCUACCCUGGCUCAUGGCCGAGAUCCGCCGGCGCAGCCAGAAGCCCGAGGCGGGCGGCUGCGGGGCGUCCCCGGCCCGCGAGGUGCUCCUGGUGCUCAGCGCGCCCUUCCUGCGCUGCGUCCCCGCGCCGGGGGCCGGGGUCGGCGGGGGCGCCGGCUCCGGGGUCGCGCAGCCCAGCACCGGGGUGUUCAUCUUCGAGCACAAGGCUCAGCACAUCUCGCGUUUCAUCCACAACAGUCACGACCUCACCUACUUCGCCUACCUGAUUAAGGCGCAGCCCGACGACCCCGAGUCCCAGAUGGCCUGCCACGUUUUCCGCGCCACCGACCCCAACCAGGUCCCCGACGUGAUCAGCAGCAUCAGGCAGUUAUCCAAGGCUGCCAUGAAGGAGGACUCCAAACCCAGCAAAGACAAUGAGGACGCCUUCUACAACUCUCAGAAGUUCGAAGUGCUGUACUGUGGGAGGGUGAUCGUGACCCACAAGAAGGCACCCUCUAGCCUCAUUGACGACUGCAAGGAGAAGUUCAGCCUGCACGAGCAGCAGCGUCUCAGGCUGCAGGGCGAGAGAGUAGGAGACCCCGGGGACGAGGUGGGGGUCUUUGAGCCUGAGUCUCCUGUGUCCCCAGAUGACAGCCCGCCUGACAGCCACCGUGCCCUGCCCUCCCUGGCUAGCCAACCCGCCCUGGCCGGCUCACGGGUUUGCUUCCCGGAGAGGAUUUUGGAAGACUGCGGCUUUGAUGAGCAGCAAGAGUUCCGCUCUCGGUGCAGCAGCGUCACCGCCGUCAUGCAAAAGAAGGUUCAUGAGAACAGCCAGAAAACACAGCCAAGGCGGAGACAUGCAAGCGCGCCCAGUCACGUGCAGCCCUCAGACUCAGAGAAGAACAGAACCAUGCUCUUCCAGGUCGGCCGCUUUGAGAUCAACCUCAUCAGUCCAGACACUAAAUCAGUUGUGCUAGAGAAGAAUUUCAAAGAUAUCUCCUCUUGUUCUCAGGGAAUAAAGCAUGUUGAUCACUUCGGCUUUAUCUGUCGGGAGUCUCCGGAGCCGGGGCUGAGCCAGUACCUCUGUUACGUGUUCCAGUGUGCCAACGAAUCUCUGGUGGAUGAGGUCAUGCUGACUCUGAAGCAAGCUUUCAGCACGGCUGCUGCGCUGCAGAGUGCCAAGACACAGAUCAAGCUUUGCGAGGCCUGCCCCAUGCACUCUUUGCAUAAGCUCUGUGAGAGGAUCGAAGGUCUCUACCCACCAAGAGCCAAGCUGGUAAUCCAGCGGCAUCUCUCCUCCCUGACCGACAAUGAGCAAGCGGACAUCUUUGAACGCGUUCAGAAAAUGAAACCCAUCAGUGACCAGGAGGAGAACGAACUUGUGAUUCUGCACCUCAGGCAGCUCUGUGAAGCCAAGCAGAAGACUCAUGUGCACAUCGGAGAAGGGCCAGCGAUUAUUUCAAAUAGUACAAUCCCAGAAAAUUCGACAAGUGGUGGGAGGUUCAAGCUUGACAUUCUGAAGAACAAAGCUAAGAGGUCCUUAACUUCCUCCUUGGAAAAUAUCUUCUCUAGGGGAGCUAACAGGAUGAGAGGUCGACUCGGAAGUGUGGACAGCUUUGAACGGUCCAACAGUCUUGCUUCAGAGAAGGACUUCUCUCCGGGGGACUCUCCUCCUGGGACCCCGCCGGCCUCCCCGCUGUCCUCUGCCUGGCACGCCUUCCCAGAGGAGGACUCGGACUCCCCGCAGUUCCGAAGACGGGCUCACACGUUCAGCCACCCCCCUUCAAGUUCAAGGAGAAAGCUGAACUUGCAAGAUGGGAAGGCACAUGGCCUACGGUCUCCUCUACUGAGGCAGGGCUCCAGUGAGCAAUGCAGCAUUCUCCCGUCUGCCCGACGCAUGUACAAGGAGAGUAAUUCUUCCUCCAGCCUUCCAAGCCUUCACACUUCCUUCUCUGCCCCCUCCUUCACUGCCCCCUCUUUCCUGAAAAGCUUUUACCAGAAUUCAGGUAGACUGUCCCCACAGUAUGAAAAUGAAAUCAGACAGGAGACUGCUUCAGAGUCAAGUGAUGGAGAAGGCAGAAAAAGGACCUCAUCCACCUGCAGCAACGAGUCCCUAAAUGCUGGUGGAACCCCUGUCACUCCUCGCAGGAUCUCCUGGAGGCAGCGCAUUUUCCUCCGGGUGGCGUCUCCGGUGAACAAGUCCCCCUCAGCAAUGCAGCAAAAAGAUGGGCUUGACAGGACUGAACUGCUCCCACUGUCCCCUCUCACUCCCACCAUGGAGGAAGAGCCGCUCGUCAUAUUCUUGUCUGGUGAUGAGGACACAGAAAAAGUGGAAGAAAAAAAGAAAUCAAAGGAACUAAAGAGUCUGUGGAAAAAAGCUAUACACCAGCAGAUCCUGUUGCUUCGAAUGGAGAAAGAAAACCAGAAACUGGAAGAAGCAAGAAGAGAUGAACUCCAAUCUAGAAAAGUUAAGUUAGACUAUGAAGAAGUUGGUACAUGUCAGAAGGAAGUCUUAAUAACAUGGGACAAGAAGUUGUUAAAUUGCAGAACUAAAAUCAGGUGCGACAUGGAAGACAUUCACACAUCCCUUAAAGAAGGGGUCCCUAAAAGCCGGCGAGGAGAAAUUUGGCAAUUUCUGGCAUUACAGUACCGCCUGCGACACAGAUUGCCCAACAAACACCAGCCUCCAGACACCUCCUAUAAGGAACUUCUGAAGCAGCUCACUGCUCAGCAGCACGCCAUCCUUGUGGAUUUGGGAAGGACAUUUCCCACUCACCCUUACUUUUCAGUACAGCUUGGGGCUGGGCAGCUGUCGCUCUUUAACCUGCUGAAAGCCUACUCUUUGCUGGACAAAGAGGUGGGCUACUGUCAGGGGAUCAGCUUUGUGGCUGGAGUCCUGCUUCUGCACAUGAGUGAAGAGCAAGCCUUUGAGAUGCUGAAGUUCCUUAUGUACGACCUGGGCUUCCGCAAGCAGUACCGACCGGAUAUGAUGUCACUUCAGAUCCAGAUGUACCAGCUCUCCAGACUCCUUCAUGACUACCACCGAGAACUCUACAAUCAUCUUGAGGAAAAUGAGAUCAGCCCCAGUCUGUAUGCUGCGCCCUGGUUCCUCACACUCUUUGCCUCUCAGUUUCCCCUAGGAUUCGUAGCCAGAGUGUUUGAUAUUAUUUUUCUUCAAGGAACUGAAGUUAUAUUUAAGGUUGCUCUCAGCUUACUGAGCAGCCAGGAGGCACUUAUAAUGGAGUGUGAAAACUUUGAAAAUAUUGUUGAAUUUCUCAAAAGCACAUUACCUGAUAUGAAUACCAGUGAAAUGGAAAAAAUUAUUACCCAGGUUUUUGAGAUGGAUAUUUCCAAACAGUUACAUGCCUAUGAGGUAGAAUAUCACGUUCUGCAGGAUGAGCUUCUGGAAUCUUCCUAUACCUGUGAGGAUAACGAAUGUCUGGAGAAGCUAGAGAGAGCCAACAACCAACUGAAAAGACAGAACAUGGACCUUUUAGAGAAACUCCAGGUGGCUCAUGCUAAAAUCCAGGCCUUGGAAUCCAACCUAGAAACUCUUUUGACCAGAGAGACCAAAAUGAAGGCUUUAGUGCGGACCCUGGAACAAGAUAAAAUGGCUUAUCAAAAGACAGUGGAACAAAUCCGGAAGCUGCUACCAGCAGAUGCGCUGGCCAACUGUGAAUUGCUGCUGAGAGAACUAACUUACCCAACUAACGACAAAGCCAAGGCAGGAAAUAAGCCAUAGUUUCAGAUGUGGCCUCAGCAGAGACCUUCCUUAUAAUACCCGGAAGGAGGCCCGUGUGGUCUGGUCUGAGGUUGACCAGAAAGCUUGUGGGCCAGCUACUGCUGGUGCUGAGAUCACCAGUAGGUGAUGUAGCCUUCUUCAGCGUUAUGCUGCUCUUAAGCCAUCACAGACAUCCAGACGGUAUUUUCUUCUGGUUGUUGCCAACUAUGUACAUAAAUAUAUAUAUAAGUGGACAUAAAGAUUCAUUAUUUCAAAUUGGAGCAAUUUUUCUUUUUCAGUCAGAACUUCAUGAAACCCACACCAAACCAAAGGGAAGUUCAAGUUAGAUUUCCCUUGGGCACACAUGAAAUCCUUUUGUUUUUCUAGUGAAACGAAUCUAGAACAUCUUUGUAUAUUGAAAUAUACUUGAAAAACAAUGAAUGUAUCCCCCCAUCCCCACCAAAGACUAGCAUGUUUUACUCAGUGUGGUGGGCAGACACAUUUCCGUAGCUUUCUAUGUCUGUGUCUAUGUAACGGACAUGACUGGCUGCCAGUCUCGCCUCUGUGAGUCCCUUAGGAAGGUGGGGCUCUGCCUGCUGUGUGACAGCCAGUGUGUUGAGUCUUCAUGUAUCUUGAUUCUGGUUAGGCUUUGCUCUAGAUGCACAAAGGGAGAAGGCCGGACCUUGUGGCAGAGUCCACCCACCUCAAGAUGAAGAUGGAUGUUGCUAGUUUUCUAGCAGAUUAGACCAGCAUUGAUACUCAAACUGAAAAUAUCGGGGCUCAAAAACACAAUUAAGCUCAUGAAUUGUCUAGAGUUGCUUUCGCCUUCUUAUUUAAGUGACUUCUACAGUGGCAGUCAGUUGCUUGGUGUUGUACUUGCCAAGUGACUAGUUGGCUAUUUUCUCACAAAAUUAUGGGAGCCUUCCAUGUAGUUCUUGUGACCUUCAGUCUAGAAUAGGGAAAUAAAAUUAGGAUUGCUUUUCCAAAGAUGAUAUACCAUGUUGAGUUGCUUUUUUAAAAAAAAAAAAAUUUUUUUUGCUCAAUAGCAGAACACAUUCUUAAUCAUUUUCCCCUGUCAUGUGAAAAUUUAGAACUGUGAAAUAUUUAGGAACAAACUGUGUAAAGCAUACUGGAAGGGAAAGGAAAUGUGUCCAACCCAGCUAAAAACCUACAAUUCUGUAUUUAGACUCCUGGCUUCUGCCACAUACAGAUAGCUUUUUAGAGAAUGUUCAUGCAUGCUGGGUGCAUGGAUAGAAAGUCUUUUUCCCAGUACCUGUUCAGCCCCUGCAGCAGAGAUGAUUUUUACAAUAGUGCCUCUGAAAAUUAAUGCAGAAUUUUUUACCUUUCCACAGUGUUUACUGCUGUUGCUUUUUGAAGUCCUUGUCUUUUUGCAGAUGGGUAAAUUGGGGGUGAUUUUCCUCAAAGAGAGUUUAUUAUAUACAAGAUGAAAUUUUAUUAUAGUGCUUACGAGUUAAGGUGUAAGGAUUUCUGAAGACAUUGAUGAACAGAUGCCAAGCAUCUAGGCUAUUCCCCACUUGAAUGUCACAGGUCUCAGGGCAUCAGAGUGUCCUUGGGUCUAGGGGGUUUUCUCCAAAAACAAAAAAGUCUUAAUAUCCAAGAGGGUUGAUGUAGCUUAUAGACUCCAGGAAGUGCUCGUUCUUGAGUCUUCAUUCGGUUGAGGGCCAUUAGUUGAUUUGUUUCUUUGAUCUUGUGAAAGUUUCUUCAUUUGUAGUAUCUUCUGUUCUCCUCCCAGGAUGAAGCAGAGUUCAGCAUUACUGAUUGAUGAUAGAAAUUGCCUGUGGGUGUGAUACCCAAGUGGUGGCUGUGGGCUCUUUGGAGGGAAAUAUUUUCUUUCUAUUUCUCCUUUAAAAAUAAGCUAUGUUCUGGACACCCAGAGUUAGCACUAUGGCCUGGGUUAUGGUAUUCAGUGAUUAAGACAAGGUUGGAUACAGUAUUUUCUUGUGAAAAUGAUUUUUCUUUCUCAUUUGUGAUUUUAAGAAAUGCUAGACCGGUUUUGCUUUGUCAUUUUACAUCUUCAUCAGGUUCAUGCAACGCCUAGUUUAUCUUCAAUAAAUGUGUUGCUGCCAUUUCCCCA